AUGGUGGGGCCUCCUUUAGCUUCCGACUCGUCCGGGGGCCUUCCAUCAACGCGGUUGUAUCAUGACGAAACUCCGUUGAAAUCUGCGCGUGGGUCAACUUCCGUUCACUCGCAUCGCCACCUUCGUCAUGAAUUAUCGUACCCUGCCACGACGCAAUGGGCCUUUUUGACGUCCACGCCUCACCCCAUUGAUAAUCGCCGACAACACCGCUCGCUUCACCCUUCGCGACCAGCAACUGCUCGACAAGUGUCCACAACUGAAAGCACAAAGUUGCCCAAACGCCCUGCUACGGGCCGAAACCUCAAGAGUGAACUUCGCCAGCAUGAUAACAUGGAGCUUCUCACUCCGAGAACCGCCACAGUCGCCAUUCAAGAGGCAAUCCGACGUGAACGGACCCAGGAACACUAUGUGGACCCGCUGAUCGGCCGAAGUGUGGAGCCGCGAGGACACCUUGGACGCGAGAGGAAGACCAGCGGCGUGCUCGAGACCAACACUAUCGCCAUGUUAUCGCGAGCGCGGGUAGUCACGACCGCUGCGAUGAACGCUACUGAACGGCUACGAAUCCGAGCCUUCCAGGCUCGCGCAAACGGCGAAUACGACGGAGCUAUCAAUUUCUACAAGCGUUUAUCCACUGCGAGACCGAGCGAAAUCGAGGCGAAGUUCCACCUAGCUGUGUGUUUGGAGAGAACAGGACAAUACGCCCAAGCGCUGGCUGCCUAUAAACAAGUGCAGAGGCUUUCCGGGGACCAGCACGCGCUCGCGUACUACAACAUGGGCAACUUGUGCAUGCGCGCCGACAAAAUACCAAAAGCCAUCGACUACUUCUCGCCAUACCGCAAGAAUGGGGACUUCGAGAACGCGGCGCAAGAUUACGUCCUAGUCCAGAAAUGCACGGAGACAGCGUCAUCUGCAGCCUUGGCGGAGGAAAACGCCAUGUUCACUGCAGAACAUUUGUACCAGACUGUUAAACGUGCAGCGUCCCCCAAGAAAUUAUUCCCAAGACAGGAACAUAUCAGCGACGAUGAGGACGAAGUACCGAAGGAACUUGAAAUCGACGAGUAUGAUCGCAACCAGGAUGACGCGAAUGGCCCGGAGGAGGAGGAAGAAGAAGUGGAAGAUGCGCUGACCGCUUGGACAAUUCAGCGCUGUUUGGCUAUUGCGAGACUGUCACCAUACGAAAGAAGUGAAAGCGACCUCCAGUAUUUUAUCGACUUUAUGCAGAAGAGAUUCACUGUGUGCGCUGCAUUGCACCCGGACGUGUGCAAGUUGCUGUGUCGUGAGCUCGUGAUAAGUCCUGAAGGGCGUUUACCCGCGAGGACGCCCAUCUUCAUGGAGCAGGGCGAGGACACUGAAGCUCGGCAUGACCGCGCUCUCUACUUUAUUUUACAAGGUCGUGUCUCCAUCUCUAAAACGUCGGGUAGAAUGUUUCAGCCAUCACCACAACAACCCGAAAAACUGGCUGAAGAUGAUGGAAGAUGCGAACAGGAUGACGCGUGGGAGUCGCCGUGGAAUACUACAAAAUCUCUAGUGACUACGGAGUGGGAGAAAUCGCAAUUAGAACUGUGCGAGCUUGAGCAUGGCGAUGUCUUCGGGCACCAGGGAAGGUUCACUUACGAGCCACGACCAUACUCAGCGGUAACGACGACGAAGUGCGUGAUUGGAGCCUUGUCGUGGCACCAGUGGCAAAGAAUUGAGCGAGCGCAACAUGAAGCGGAGCGAGAGCGAGCUGCUCGUUUCCUGACUAUGACCCCAGCCUUCAGUGGCAUCAGCUCUGCAGAAAUCCGGAACCUUGCGCUUCGGGCCACGUUCAUCAAGGUUGUAGGCUCUAAGGCUGUGUGUUGUGAAGGGCAAUCUGUGGACGGUUUGCUCGUUGUGCGAGAGGGGGAGCUCUGCCAGUUCUCCCCAGGAGGUCUGCGCUCACCUCCAGAUACGUCCGUAUCAUUUGCACUUAGCGGUUCUCUGUCAGAACCACAAAGCGCGCGUGCAUUCUUCACCCAACUCGAGACGGCCGGCGAUCCGCUGAGCUUUUUACGCGUCAACGAGGCUUUCCAUGGGUUUCUGCCGCAAAACUACGUGUCUCGCAAGCAACGCGAGCUUUUACGUCUCGCUCUGGCAAGAAAGAAGACCAGCAGGGUCAGACGGACAAGCGUCAUGAUCAACUGUAUGGGGACUGGCAGAGGUGCGUCGACGUCGGAGCCAGUGGCGACAGCGCUGCGGCGUGGCGAAUGUUUUUGCAUCUCCUCGUCAUGGGUCCCCCCGCGCCAAUCUCGACAAGACAAACAACCCCCUAGGGGUAUCGCCUGCGCGAAGGCGACUUUGGUGUCCGUGGCCACAGCAGAACUGAUCUUCCUGUCGUCAGCAGACCUCGUCCAGGGGCUAUCAGCCGAGAGCCGCACGCUGCUGCACCGCAACUUGCAAGACAUUGCGUUGAUGGAGAAUAAACGGAAGUACAAGACGGACCUGACACAGGUGUCACGCUAUAAUGGACCCCCGGUUGGAAGGCGCAGCUCGAAUCUGCUCGAGCAGUUUGUGCGCGACACGCACUGGAGCAAAUUUAAAGAAGAGCUGGUGGAAAAUGUGCUCCGAGGACGCACUUGA